GAGAAGAUGGCGGAUGUUUCUGAGACUGAUGUGCAGUUUUGGAUGAAAAAAGCAGUGAACUGGGGAGAGGCUACAUCAUGUUCAGCUCUUCUGGACACAAGCAGACACCUUGGCCCUCUGAGGAACUUUCUCCAGCAAAUUCUGCAGGGGUUGCAGCAAAUGAACUCCACUAGUGAGGCCAUGAAGACGUUUCCUUUUAUUGGCCAGUUCCUGGGAAGACUUUGUUGGAACUCAUGUGUUACUGCGGAUGAGAGCAGCCAGAAACUCCUGCUGCGAUGUUUGAGCUGCCUGUACAGCGCUGAACCACUGAACGCUGUUGAACGAAAAGCCAACAUGUGGAUCAAGAAUAUGUUGUGUCAUCUGAUCUCUGAGGAGGAGGGCAGUGUGGCUCACGCUACAGUGAAACAUGCUGGAUCAACCCCGACGCGAUACCACACAGAGGCUCUUCAGAAGGUUGUGUCAUUGAUGAUAGAGGAGGUUUCUAAAAGCUGUGACUGCUUGCCAAAUGCAUCAGCAAGAUGUUCCAAUGGCAACAUUGGCACCAUGUCCACAGCAUGCAUUGCGUUGGUCACAUGCACUCAGAUGGCUCCUCUAAUUGGAGCUCUGUUAAAGCAUUCAGAGUCUUGUGGCUCUUCCUGUCUCAAUCAAGAGUUUAUCAAGGAAGUCGGUGAAGCUUUUAUCAGUAACAGACUGGUGUUGGAGGACGAGGCUGUAAUUUCUCUGUGGUGUCAGAGCGUGUUAAGUCUGGAGGGGGCAGCAGUGAGCUUACUGGAGUCUGUGCUUUCUGACCAUCAAAUGACGACCCAGAGUCUGGACAAGCAUGUUAAUGACUCAUUACUGCCUCAAGCUUCAGCCCGUCACUGUCACAUCUUCCUCAUAGUCAGCGAGAUUUACAGGAACGUGCUGACCGAGAUUGAUGAGAGUCUGGCUGUUAGAGCCCUCAUACAGGUUUUCACUGUCUGCUUCCUCCAGAGACUGACUGGACAGAAAUCACAGGAUCGUCUGCCACUGAGAGCUUUCUUCCCAAACGUGACGCCCAGUUUACUCUCUCCUUUACUGACAGCACCAUCAGAGGUUCCCAGGGAGGCCUGGCUGGAUCAUCUGAGCUGGAUCACAAGUUUACUUCAGAGCGUGACGGAGAAUGAGGAGGAAGAUGUCAGGGCGUAUCAGCCUAUGUUUGAGGCUUGGUUCCUGCUGGUGCGUUGUGGGUACUGGGUGGACACAGCCGCCGAGCUGCUUGUUCUGGCAGCGCCUGGAAAGGCAGAAGCACUGCUGUGGCUGCUGACGUUCUACCACCACCCCACCAACAGAGGGCACCAGCGCUCCCAGCAAACCGCAGUGGCCAGAGAAGCCUGGACUCAUUUGAGGAUGCUGUUUCUCAAUCAUCCUCCUCCUCCCAGACACCUCAGUGCUGUGAAAGAGCUGCUGUCCUCCUCCUCCGUUUCAGCAAACCUCGUCUUGCAUCUGUUUUCAAACUUCGCCGUCUUUUCCCACGGACCUGUUAGCAUUAUCACUGAAAUUAGUGACAAGGUGCUGACUGAGACUGCUGUGAAGCGCAGGGCACUGUGGAUCCUUGCCUCCAUUUGCUGCAGACUAAACAGCGCUUCCUCACGGGAUGACAGGGUUUAUUCAAGGCUGAGGACACUUCAGGACACCCUCCUCCAAACCUGAGAGACUUGCAUAAAAACUCUCAGCUUCCAUAGCUCCAACAAAACUGUUUAUUAGGAGAAGGAAUCUUGGCGUGGCUCGGUUACGCUGCGAAGCAUUGGGUGGGACGAUACGGCAUUUAUAGAAGAGAAGCCCAGCUGCCGUUUUUAACUUGAAAAGCUGUGGGUGUUCUCCCCUUAAAACCCAAGAACGGGCCUCUCUCCGCACUUGAUGUAUUGAGCCAAAUAAAAGCAACACAUGUA